AUGGGCCCACGCGGGCGCCGGGCUGGGGCGGUCCAGAGUACGAACGACAGCAGCUCCUUGAGCAAGUGCUCUCUGGCAGCGCACGGCUACGUGCGCGAUCCCUUCGCGGCGCUACUGGUAUCGGGCGCUCCGCGGCGUGCGCCACUCAUCCACCGUGGCUACUACGUACGCGCGCAGGCCGUGAGGCACUGUGUGCAUGCCUUCCUGGAGCGCGCUACCUCAGAGGAAAGCGCGCCGGGCCGGCAGAUUCUAUCACUGGGUGCGGGCUUUGACUCUCUGUAUUUCCGCCUCAAAGUGGCUGGCCACCUGACUCGGGCCGCCGUGUGGGAAGUGGACUUCCCAGACGUGGCUGAGCGUAAGGCGGCGAGGAUCCGCGGCACGCCGGAGCUAGCCGGCUUAGCUGGACCGCCCCUGAGCGAAGUGGAAUCUGGCCCUAAUUCGGCGCUGCGCUUCGCCAGUCAAGACUAUCGCCUCCUAGGCAGCGACCUACGUGACCUGCCAGCGCUGCGCGACGCCCUAGAGGCGACUGGGCUGGACUCGGCGGCACCCACGCUGCUGCUGGCCGAGGCCGUGCUCACCUACCUGGAGGCAAAUAAUGCCGCCGCUCUGCUGGCGUGGGCCUCUGGCUACUUCGCCAACGCCCUCUUCGUGCUCUAUGAACAGAUAGGGCCACACGACCCCUUUGGCCGGGUCAUGCUGCAGCACUUCCAGCGGCUGAACUCGCCCUUGCACGGGUUGGCCAGCUUCCCCGACGUGGCAGCCCAGCGGCGGCGCUUCCUCGACGCUGGCUGGCAGGCCUGCAGUGCAGUUGACAUGAACGAGUUUUACCGCGGCUUCCUUUCUGCUGAGGAGCGCAGGCGCGUGGAGAUGCUUGAACCCUUUGACGAGUUUGAAGAGUGGCACUUGAAGUGCUCCCAUUAUUUCAUCCUGGCAGCUUCCACCGUGUCCACUGCUGGCCUGACCCAAACCCUGUUGCUUCCUCCUGGGGAGGUGCUUCGUCGAUUGGAGCCAAACCCUCCUGUUGGUGUCUUGCCCGCUAGUAUAAUAGGAGAGUGUGAGGGCUUGGACUUGAAGCGAUUUGGCCAUGCCACAGCCCUCCUGGGUUCCGAUGUUAUCCUGAGCACUGGGGGGUUUGGGGAACAGGAGGGGCGACAUUCAAGGAUGAGCAAAUGUCAUGUGUUGUUAAGGCCAAAGGGCUCUAGGUGGAAUGCAAGUCCAGGCUGUGGGGCAGGAACCCAGUGGGAUGGACGCCUCUUUCACACUAUGACUUCCUUCUCAGAGACUCUAGUUCUUGUGCUGGGUGGGAGGCUGUCCCCAGUGACUCCAGCAUUGGGGAUGUAUUGGCUCAGCUGCCCCAUCCCAGCAGGAAAGGAUGCUGACAAUCUGAAGGUGACAAUCAGGGAGGUUGGCCCAGAAGCAGAAUUCCCCUCUCCACGGUGGCGGCAUUCAGCAGCUAAGGUCCUUUGCCAAAGGCAGAAAUAUUUGUUUGUGUAUGGAGGACGAAAUGGAAAGGAUCCUGUGUUAGGGGACUGGCAUUUUCUACACAUGGACACAAUGACCUGGGUCAGUUUACCAGUUGAAGGGCCAGAACCUGAUGCUCGUCACUCUCAUAGUGCCUGCAGUUGGAAGGAAGGAGCCCUCAUUGUGGGAGGUCUGAGUGUUUCAGAGGAACCUCUGGGCUCUGUAUACUUUUUGAAACCAGUCUCUAAUGGAUUCUCUUGGGAAAGGUUAGAGGUCCAGCCACCCAUCACCCCAAGGUAUUCUCACACAGCCCAUGUAUUUGAUGGAAAACUGCUGCUGGUGGGAGGGGUCUGGAUCCAUUCUUCCUCUGUUCCUGGAGUGACAGUGAUUGACUUGACCACAAGACUGAGUUCAGAGUACCAUAUUGACACAGCUUAUGUUCCAUGGCCUCUAAUGUUGCACAACCAUACCAGCAUCUUGCUACCAGAAGAGCAACAACUGCUCAUUCUUGGAGGAGGUGGGAACUGUUUUUCAUUUGGUACCCACUUUAAUCCCCACCCUGUCACUUUGGACAUCAGUUCUUUGAGAUCUAAGCAAUGAAUGCUGUUCAUGUAGUAAGUUGGUUGAGUUUGGGUGAAGAGUGCCCAAAUUUAGGAACUUAAUCUUCCUCCAUUUUCAAAAAUAGCAAAUGGAGAUUUUCUCUUGAGAGAAGACCUUGUACAGGAAAUCACAGAUAGGGUAAUUAAAUUAUGACAACAGUUGAGGCCAUGAGAGAAUAUGUGAGCGUGGCUGGGAUUAUAGAUAGAUACACACCAGUCAUUGACUUAGGUAUUGGGACUUCUAGUCCCCAUAUAAAGUAACCAGUUAAGCAGUCUUAAUUUUUCACCUUUUCCCAUGUCUGCCUCAAUUUAUCCAUCUUUCUAGUUGCACUGACCUUUGGAAAAUAAAGUUCUAACCCAUGUACAAAGUAAUAUUUGUAUCACCCAAAUUAUGACAAAAUGUACUGAUGAAGUAUUUUUUUUAAACCCUUACCUUCCAUCUUGGAAUCAAUACUGUGUAUUGGUUCCAAGGCAAAAGAGCGGUAAGGGCUAGGUAAUGGGGUUUAAGUGACUUGCCCAGGGUCACACAGCUAGGAAGUGUCUUGAGGCCAGAUUUGAACCUAGGACCUCCCAUCUCUAGGCCUAACUCUCAAUUCACUGAGCCACCCAGCUGCCACACUGAUAAAGUAUUUUGACUUUUCUAUAGAUACGAUCUUGAGUAUAGUAUUAAUUAUGUUUGAAGGAAGGCAGUAAUGUUCAAUUAGGUUUUUGGAAAUGGAGCCCUAAAAUUAAAUCACAGUCAGUAUCUAUAAGAAACCAUACCACUAUGAAGCACAAGCAGAAGUACAAAAGAAUACUGAGGCAUCUUAAAUAAGAACAGGGGAGGAAUUCCCAAGAAAACUUGUAAAUCUUCCCAUGUUUUACCCGUUGUGUUUGUCAGUAUGUAAUAAGUUUUGGUUACAAAUUUCCAGUUAACUUGUUUAAGUUGGAGUUUGUUUUUUGUUAAAAUUUAUUAAUUUACUUUGUAUGAAUUUGUAAUUUGUCCUUCCUACCAAUCCCUCCUUCCAAAUAUAAAUCAGAACCCUUAUCUUAAACAUAAUAUAGCAAAAACAAAUGCUCACUUUGUCCAUCCCCCAAAAUUUGUUUCUCUCUUAACAUUUUAAGUUCAUUACUUCUGGCAGGAGGUGAGUGUGUUGUGUCAUCUUUAAUCUCCUGAGCUCAUGGUUUAUUACUGUAUUGAUCAGUCUAAAGUCUUUAAUUGUGUCGUAGAAAUUUUUCAUGUUUUGCUCAUUUCAGUCUAUAUCAAUUCAUUGAGACUCUUCCUAGUUUCCUUUGAAACUGUUCUCUUAUGACAUAAUAUUCCACUGUGUUUAUACAUCAUAAAUUGUUUUACCAUUCCCCAAUAAGAUAGCUACUUAGUUUCUAAUUUUGGACUAUUAGGAAAAGAUCUACUGUGAUAUUUUUAAAUUUUGGGGGGUAUAAGCCUAGUAGUGGUAGGUAUGUCUGGGUUUGGUUUAUAACUUUUGGAGCUUAGUUCCAUGCUCAUUUUCCAGAAUGGCUGGACUAAUUCACAGAUGCACCUAUUUUCCUUCAGCUCCUUCAACAUUUGUUAUUUUUUCUUUAUUUUUGAUAAGUGUGAGAUUAAGCUUCAAAGAUGCUUUAAUAUUGCAUUUCUCUAGUGAUUUAAAGCAUUUUUAAAUGGUUGUUAAUAACUUGAAUUUUUUCUGAAAACUUAUAUCCUUUGGCCAUUUAUCUAUUGGGAAUUUUCAGUUUUAUACAUUUAAAUCAGUUCUUUACAUAUCUUGGGAAUGAAACUUUUAUCAGAGAAACCUGUUAAAAUCAGUUGGAUUUUGCACAAUGCCUUGCACGCAGUUCAUACAAUAAAGAGUUGUUAAUGAUGAA